GGUGACGCUAUUUGUGUGCGCGGAAGGGGCCUAGUGGAGCCGGGACCGGGGAUCAGCCUGAGCGAGCGAUCGGGGCAGGGAACCACGCACUUAGCGGCUACAUGGAGUCGCCAGUAGAAUCGGCGGAUUCCUGUGCUGUGUUGUGCUGUUCCUUGCCAGGAUUAAAUGUGGGCUAUUUCUGUAUUUCUGCACUCUGUGUAAAACUGGGUGUUAAUCUACAGCACAGUGAAAAGCAGCAGAGCCGAUCUAUCCUGUGACCUUCUGUGCUAAGAGCAAUGGAGCCACUUAACAUAACGAAGGACAUUAUCCAGCGGCAGAUAAAGGAAAGGAACACUCUACAAUUUGAACGUCGAUAUCAUGUCAUUGAUCCAUUCAUCAAGAGACUGGGCCUCGAGUGUGAGCUGGAGGGUCACUCUGGGUGUGUAAACUGUCUGGAAUGGAACGAGAAGGGCGAUUUGUUGGCCUCCGGAUCAGAUGAUCAACAUGCCAUUCUCUGGGAUCCCUUCAGCUGCAAGAAACUGCUGACCAUGCACACUGGACACACUGCCAACAUAUUCACGGUGAAGUUCCUUCCUCACUCAAACGACCGCACAUUGAUUACUGGAGCUGCUGACUCCAAGGUGCACGUCCACGACUUGACAGUAAAGGAAACCGUUCAUAUGUUUGGCGAGCACACCAACCGUGUGAAGCGAAUUGCAGCUGCUCCCAUGUGGCCUAACACAUUCUGGAGUGCGGCAGAGGAUGGAACAGUCCGGCAGUAUGACCUGAGAGAGAGCAGUAAGCGUUCACAGGUACUGGUGGACCUCACUGAAUACUGCGGGCAGCACGUGGAAGCUAAAUGCCUAGCCAUUAAUCCUCAGAACAAUAAUUAUCUUGCUGUCGGGGCAAGUGGUCCCUUUGUGCGAGUCUAUGACAUUCGUAUGAUUCACAAUCACAGAAAAGCAGCAAAGCAGAGCUCAAUCCCUGGGUUGCACACGUUUUGUGACAGGUACAAGUCUGUGCCAGAUGGAGCUGUUCAGUAUUAUGUGGCAGGUCAUCUCCCAGUGAAACAGCCUGAUUAUAACAAUCGCCUCCGUGUGCUUGUAGCCACUUAUGUAGCCUUCAACCCUGAUGGAACUGAGCUUUUAGUCAACAUGGGAGGGGAGCAGGUCUACUUGUUUGACCUGACGAAUAAGCAGAAACCCUACACUUUUCUGCUACCCAAGAAGUGCCACUCUUCUACUGGUGAGUUACUUAGUGUAUGCAUUAUCUGUGGCAUUUAAAGGGACAGUGCAUGU